UUCGUCUUAAAACUGGACGGAUUCGUUUUAUUUACUUUUUUAUUUCGACAUCAGUUGAAGUAUUUAAAGGAAGUUGGCAGCAGUUCGCAGGUCACAAUUGCUCCAAAUAUCGUCCACUGUGGAAGCUUGAGGAUUUUACUGAAGCUGUUCGUUCAGUCCUUAGCAAGAUGAAAGCCUACAUUAUGUUAGCCAUCUGCUUAGUCAUGACGGCCGUUGUACUGCAGCAAUCAGAAGCUGGUGGUUCACUAAAGCUCAAGAGGUUGGUCAAGUAUGGGUUAAUAGCCAAAGCCUUAACAGGAAAGAAGAUCUUUCUGCCUCUUCCUUUACCUCUGCCAAUACCUAUUUUCCAAGAGAAUAUCCAUCACAAACCCUAUCCAGUUCAUCACCACACCCAUGCUGAAAUUGGAUACGGUUACGAGCAAGGCGGCCAUCUUGGAGGUGGUGCUGGUGGCUACGGAGGUGGUGCUGGUGGUUACGGUGGCGGUGCCGAUUGGUGGUGAAAAUCAUUUUAGGAACAUUUAAACUUACAUUUGCCAUUUUCGAGAUUUUGUUCUCGAAUUCCUCUGUACAUAAUUCUCUGAUCCUGUAGAAUAUAUUUGUAAACUAUCAAUACACGUAUGUAAAUAGAUGUUCAAACCCUUGAUGAUAACGAGAAUGAAUUAAAAAUGUAAAUAUGUUUUGAACGAUGAACCAAACGGGCGUAAAAUGUAAUACUUUCGCUGUCGAGAAAUAUACGUUUAGCUGAGACGUAUGUAAAAUCAGAAGUUUGAUAGAAAACGGGAGUAUAAUGUUAAAUGAUCUUUAUCAGAUGAUUCAAUAGAACAAGAUUUUGAUUAUAUUUGCGAUAUGUAUUGGAUAUGUCAGCAGGUGAACGACUAUGUCAAAAAACAUGCAAGUGCAAUAUCGAGCAAGAUUUGAGUUAGGGUGUAAAAUUUAAAGGUACCUGAGAUCUCUAACCCUAAUUUAUGCUAAACAUGAAUAAAUGGGAUAUUGGAGGUCGCUUCCUUUAGACUGACAAUGUCAUAAUCCAAUAAAUCCAGUACAGAACUUUAGCAUUUUAAAUUUUGAGUAGUAUGAUCGUACAGCAGAAACACUGCGAUAUUACAUUUGCUAUAGAGCUAAAAUGCAGCAUGAUAAACAAAAUCAAAAACUUAUUCUGUGUCAAAAGAAAGUAAAGGGGACUGAUCAAUGGCAUGUUUCAUAAAUUUCAACAAGAACUGCUGCAACCUUUAUUCCUAAUCUGAAUCCUAAUCUUUAAUACUAAUCUAAAUCUUUCCUCGCUACUUCUUCUCAUUCACUGUAAUUAAAUUCUCUUUCAUUGUGUUAGACUGAUUCUGUUUCAAAGGCAAGAAAAAUUUCAUUCGUGUGAUUGAAUUAAGACAGAAAAUUAUAUUAAGCAUUUAAAGAAAUAUAAGCUAAGAAAACUCAAUUUUUUUCCCGCCAAAACAUACAUUGUCCAAAAAUUCAAAUUAUUAAAUCGAGAGAGAAAUUGAAGUAGUAAAUGUAAUUUAGAAACACAUAUUUUAAAAUGGUUUUCAUUUUCGUAUAUUACAAUAUUAUUGUAAAAUGUUAAAAUUAGUGUGAGAGUUUUAAAUGCAUACAUCGAUGUGUGUAUGAAUGGAUCGUAUGUAUGAAAAAAUAUGUGAAGCAUCAUAAGUAAAUUCUGCUAACAUCAUACCGUUUGAAGUAUAAGAAGAGGAAUUUUUCAAUAUAAAUUAAAUAUACCCAAAUUGCUUGUGUUUUCGAAAUAAAACUUUAUAAAAUCAUAUUAUUCUGAUAUUAUUAAUUUGCUCUCGUUAGCAUUGUAGGUAUAUUGUGAUGUAUGAGAUCGAAGAUCUAAUUUUAGAAAACAAGAAAAAUUUGGGAUUGAUUUAUUAUGUGCAAAAUGUCUCAUCGCUGCCAGGAGACGCACAUAGAAUUUGAAUUAGGUAAAAAAAUGUAAAUACGAUUUUUAAUUGGUAAUUAUUGUCAAAUUUUUAUUAGAGAUAAUUUAAAAACUGUAAGACAUGCAUCAAUACUCAAUAUUAUAUUUAAAAGCGAAGGCCAGUGUGGACAUUGGCAUGCUUAUUGAAAGUUGUAGCUUACUAUUUCUGUAUAAAAAUUUGUAAACAUAAACAUUUUACGGGUUGUCAAAAGUUUUGUUUUCCUUAUACGGUUCUGUUAUUCACCCAUUUGUACAAUGCUCAUUUUUUAAAAAUCUUUGUAUUCUUUUUUAAUUGAUGUAUUGUUUUAUUUGUUUGUUAAUGUAUCUUAGGAAAAUAAAAUCUUUUUUGUGCAUAAUAACAGUA